AUGCCAAAGACGCCACAGUCCCAGCCACCCUCCCCAGUCAAGCAGCCAGCCAAUGCCCCUGCCCCUGACAAAUUAGACAAGAUGUCUGAAAUCACUCUCAGAAAGAAGAAGAACGCUGACGCUCAGGCUGCUUUCCGUGCACACUGUGCUAACUAUAUUGCCACCCUCGAAGAGACAGGUCCGGUUAUGGACCGGUCCAGAACCGGACUGGAACUUGGGUCCGGUCCACUACCCGUCCACAUAGGUCCGGUCCCCAGUCCGGGACACUCCCGGACCGCAGAUUUGUCAUCGCCCUUAUUGCCGCCGCCGCGGUGUUUGCCUCCCUUGCCGUGUUUACCGUCUUUGUCUUUACCUCCUUUAUUAGAGGCCGUGGCGGUCGCUGCAGCUGACGAGACAACAGAUGAGCUGGCAACUGCGACGUUAGAUGCGACAGCACUGGAACUCGAUGCUACAACAGUGACGGUGGACGCAGCGGGGCAUGAAAGAGGGGGUGCAGCGAGAGCGGAGGUCGCAUUUAUCGUGAAAUGGGUCCUUCGCGGAUUGAAUGAAACGAACGUAAUCGGUCAACGAAAAGGAAGGCUGACUGGCACCGGGCCACAAGGAGAGGAAAGGCGAAAGACGAGGAAAAGAGAACUGAGAUCGGACGGCACUGAAGAUCCGGAAGCAGGUCCAUCAAUCACUAGUGUAAAAAGGAUGAUCAAUAUCCGUCUCCAUCUCUUCCUAGGUCGUGAUCUGCGUGAGACUGCCGAAAGCCAUCUUGAAGAUUCAAUGAUGCAAAUGAUGAGCUCAAUGGGCAAUUGA